AUGGCCAACCAAAAGACCCACGUCAUCCGAACCUACAGGAUUACAAGAAUGGCACAAAUGGAAACAGACGAUCUGCGCAGGCGCAAGAAAGAGAUUAUUCUACAAAAUGGAUUUACUAAGCAAGACGACGAGAAAAAACCAAAACCAGAAUUUAUGCUUCGCGAAUCGCCUUUAACGACAAUUAUUGAAGAAUCUCUUCACAUGAGAGCUAUUCACCACAUAUUUGUAGUUAUACUACUGAUAAUAUUUUGUGACACGGUGAUAUAUGACUUCGUAGAACAUGGAAAGAUUAACAUUGGAUUAAGGACUAUAGUCCAUGGAUUCGGUGAUAUACGACGUUGCGCGAAAUUAUGGUUGUUUGAGCUUGCAGUCGCGCUUUCCUUCUAUCCGCUAUUAAGAAUAUACGCUGCUACCCAAAAGCUUUUUAAAAACUUUCCAGCUGCUUGCAGAAUGUGGUCCAUCUUCGGUAUACUGGGAGUAGUACUUUUAGAAGUAUUAGUGAUCGCAGUACCUUCUUGGGACCUAAACAAAGAAUAUCUCGCAAUGGGUUCUUCGGUCACCGUGACGAUGGAAAUGUUCAGGUUAGCGAUGAAAAUACAUGCCACGGCCGUGGCCUGUGCUCCCCGAUGUUCGGAUGAUGGAACACCGCUGCCAACCUUCAAACAUUACGUUUACUUCCUGUUUGCACCCACAUUAAUGUAUAGAGAUAAAUAUCCAAGGACAAAGAAAAUUAGAUGGAACGUUGUAUUAUUUCAUUUCAUGGAAGUAGCGGCAAUUAUAUUUUACGGCAGCUUUUUUUGGGAGAGAUUUGUUUUACGCUACUGGUCGGACUACGGGAUAGAAGCGAAAAUAGAAGCCGGUACCGUUGUGCGCAGGAUGUUUGCAUGUGUACUACCAGGGAUUAUAUCUUUUAUCAUGGGUUUUUACUGCCUUCUCCACGCUUGGCAUAAUGCUUUUGCUGAAAUGCUGAAAUUCGGCGAUAGACUUUUUUACGAAGAUGAAAUUACGAAGGAAUGGUGGACGGCUUCACAAUUUUCUUGGUAUUACCGCGCGUGGAACCGCGUUGUCUACUUUUGGUUACGUGAUCAUAUAUACCGACCACUCGCACCGCUGGCCGGUAGCAGUAUUUCCACAUUAGUCGUCUUUGUUGUAUCAUCUGUCGCACACGAGGUUAUAUUGGCCCUUUCAUUUGGUUUCUUUUACCCUGUGCUUUUCAUGGAGUUCGGAGUGUGUGGGCUAAUGUUGUUGCCACUCACGGCUUCCAGUGGACGUCGCUUCCCAAGUGCCCUCAAUUUUUGUAUUUGGCUAUGCCUCUUUGUUGGAAACGGUAUUUCAUGGAGCCUUUACGCAAUGGAAUAUUUUGCCCGCCAAAAUUGUCCGCCAUCAGAAAACGAUAGUUUUUUCAUACCGAAAUCUUGGUCUUGCCCGGAAAUAGUACUGAAACCAAAUUGGACUUUUCAAAAUCCUUUCACAUUAAUUAGAAAUGACUAUUAA